UUAAUAUCAAAAUAUUAUUAUUGAGACUGAGUCCUCGACGCAAAGGUUGAUAGUUCGCUGUGAAAAUAAGCGUUGGCUGCUGUAAAUUACUCCCGCGGCCGCUGGCCAUGUUCCUGCCCGGGGUUGAUUACCUGUCGGCGCUGGCUGCGGCUCUCGCCUCGCUGCUCUCAGUUCUGCUCCUACUCGCAGUCUCCAGACAGCUGUGGACCCUCGCCUGGAAUGUGACCAGAGACAGGGACAACAAGCUGCCGCUUCCCAAAGGCUCAAUGGGCUGGCCAUUACUUGGAGAGACGCUGCACUGGCUGGUACAGGGCGCCAACUUCCACGCUUCCAGGAGAGAAAAAUACGGAAACGUCUUCAAAACACAUCUGCUGGGAAGGCCGGUGAUCCGAGUGACGGGUGCGGAGAAUAUACGCAAGAUCCUGAUGGGGGAGCACAGCCUGGUGAGCGCGCAGUGGCCGCACAGCACCCGGAUCCUUCUGGGUACCAACACGCUCGCCAACUCCAGCGGGGAGCUGCACCGCCAGAGACGGAGGAUCCUGGCCCGGGUGUUCAGUCACGCCGCUCUGGACAGUUACAUCCCUGGCACCCAGCAGGUGGUCCGCUCCCGGGUGCAGCGCUGGUGCGAGGGGCGAGCCCCCGUCACCGUAUACCCGGCCGCCAAAGCGCUGACCUUCUGCAUCGCCAUUCGGAUCCUGCUUGGUCUCCAGGCUGCGGAUCACCAGCUCGACCAUCUCUCCAGCAUAUUCGAACAGCUGAUGGACAACAUUUUCUCGCUACCUUUGGAUUUUCCCUUCAGCGGUCUGCGUAAGGGCAUUAAAGCAAGGAACGCAUUGCACGAGUACCUGGAAAAAGCGAUUUCUGAAAAACUGCAACAAAGCAGCCCAGGCGCUUACCCCGACGCUUUGGAUUUCAUGCUGAAAAGUGCGAGGGAGAACGGGAAGGAACCAAGCCUCCAGGAGCUAAAGGAAUCUGCAGUGGAGCUGAUCUUCGCCGCUUUCUCCACUACGGCCAGCGCCUGCACAUCCCUGGUGUUGCUGCUGCUCCAGCACUCGCAUGUGCUGCAGAAAGCGAGGCGGGAACUGGAGCAACAGGGUCUCAUCCCCAGCUGCCAAUGCAAGUCUUCCUCUGCCACCCGGGAGGGAACCCGUCGCCACAGAAACAAUCAGGCUGCUCCCGAACCUGACAACAAGGCGAACGAGUCCGUGCCGUGGUGCCAGCGGCUCGUCGUCCGGGAGAAUUUAAUCUGGGACGGCGGCAGCCCGCAGUCCGUCACUACCGUGAAUAAAGACUAUCAGCAAAUCUGCGCCGACCAAGAUCGUACCAUACCGGAUAAAGAGCAUCUCCAUCCCUCUCCCUUUCGGCACAACGUGAGUCGGGAAGCCGAGUUGGCCGAGGGCAGAGCGGCGGAAAGUGAAAUGGAAUGGUUGUGUGGCGAUUGCGACUGUCGGCGCUCUCUGAGUUUGGAGGUCUUGGGACGUCUGCGCUAUCUCGACUGUGUGGUGAAGGAGGUGCUGAGGUUGCUUCCCCCAGUGUCUGGGGGUUACAGGACGGCGCUGCAGACCUUUGAGCUGAAUGGAUGUCAGAUACCCAAAGGCUGGAAUAUCAUAUACAGCAUUCGCGACACACAAGAGACAGCCGCCGUCUACCUGAAUCCAGACAGAUUCGACCCUGAUCGGUUUGGACCCGAACGGGAUGAGAGCAAAGUGGGUAGAUUCAAUUACUUGCCCUUCGGAGGGGGCGUUCGUAGUUGCAUAGGGAAAGAGCUGGCUCAAGUUAUCCUUAAAACGCUGGCAAUUGAACUGAUCAGCAGUGCGCAAUGGGAACUGGCCAGUGCCGCCUAUCCCAACAUGCAGACUGUGCCGGUUGUACACCCCGUCGAUGGGUUGAAGGUUCGAUUUCGCCGCUUGAAUGAUAAAACAAACUGCAAGUCCAUAAAAGAAUAACAGGACAUCGCCGCCUGCGAGGACCGUUGCCCGAGGACUGUCACGUUAAACCGGUCAAAUCUAUGCCGAACUUCUAUUUCUCCAUAAAUGUAAAUGCCAUUCACUGCUGGCAUCAGAGGGUCUACUGCCAAUCAUUCUUAGGCAAGGAAAAAUCGUUAUCUGUGUUUAUCGAAAUGUGAAAAUGUUUCUGUCAGUAAUUCACGAAGAUUUAAAUGCGUUUGAACUCUAGCAGCCUCAAAUAUACCAUAGCAAAACACAGUACUUAAUUUAUGCACUUAAACAUUAAUGUAUUAGAUUUCUGAGCACACAGCCACGAACUAAAGACUGGAACUACAAAUUUCCGUCCGGCAACUACUGACGGGUUGACCACUGACUCUCUUCACAUUAAAAUGUGGUCCUUCGGCGGGGUUUUACUGCGGGAGAGGAUGGUAUAUUUCAUUCACGAACUUGUCAGUUUACCAUUUCGUUUUUCCUUUUCUUAGAAUAUUAGUUUAAUUCCCCAACCAGCAGAAAAUGGGCUAAAAGGGUUCAAAGUAUGUCGUAAACUUAAUAAAAUGUGAGCUCGCUUUUGUUUGCAUGGGCUGUCGAUUUGGAAAGUUGAACAACCCUUUUUUUCCAGUAUCACCUAUUUUCGUGUUGGUCUCAUUCCCCAUGUCCAUCCUCGCUGCUUUCCACCGUCUGGAAUGAAGAGGGAUUGACUAAGAGGGUGGUGGACUGGGAGGAUUGUACGUGUGAAGAAGGGUGGUGAGGGAGGACUGACGAUGGUGAAUAGAGUGUGGGAUGGUGAUGACGGACUGAGGGGGGGAGUGGUACGAGUGGACUAAGGAUUGUGAAUGGGAAUUCGGGUGAAAAGAAGAGGUUGCGAAUGGGAAGUGGGGUGAAAGCGGCGGACUGGGAAUAGGGGGAUGGACUGGAGAGGGUCGAAAAAUAGUUUACAAUUAAAACUAUUCAGAAUUUUGGCUAGAAUUUAGUUAGCUUUAAAUAUAUAUAAUGGUAUUUGUUCUUAAUGAAGAUUAAUGUGUAUGGACAGUAUCCAGUUUAUUAAAGUUAUGGUCAUGCCAAGGAUCAUGACUUGGGGACACUGAGCUACACCUCCAGUGUUUCAUUUUUAUUGAGGCAUUGUUUCCUACUACCUCACCACCACACAUUUUCCAUUAAACUUUAACCCUGAAAUAUCCUUACGCUCGCUUUUAAUGCAAAAUUAAAUACGUGGAAUUAAUUGAAGAGUUCCAUGCGUAAUCUAUACUUCUCACGCUUGACAUUCUCCUGGUAGCACAUACACCCAGUGAAUCGUUUUCCAGGUAAAUACUCUUUUUUUUAUCUGCUCAAUAUAUAUGGGAGCUGAAAACCUUCAUGCUGACAUCAGCGUGGAAGAGCGGCAAUCAAGCCAGGAUCGGUUUUGGUUCUUCCCCCUUUCUCCUCAUUCCUGGAGAAGGGUCUCGGCCCGAAACGCCGACUAUGUAUUCAUUUUCAUUGAUGUUGCCCGGCUUGUUGAGUUCCUCCAUUAUUUUGUGUGCGCGACAGUGUGUGUUGCCUUUCUCGAUAUUUUAAUUAAUACUCCGCCGACCAUAGGAGACCCAAUGAUAUAAUUUGAGAACUGACUCAGGCGCCUCGUAUCAAAAGCAUGCCCUAACUAGAAGAAAAGUGUUUUCUACACAUUUAAGUUGCUGAGAUACCCAUUUAGUGUCUGUCUCUGACGUGAACUUGUUCGCAGCACUUCUGGGCUGGGGGAAUUAUUAUAGUUAUGAUUAGUCAUUCACCGUGGCCAGGAACCUUCUGACGUGACGCAAGGACCUGUUUGUCAGCCUUUUCAUGAAGAGUCAUCACAGGCAUUGCUUCACCUCUUCGAUGAACAAUGUAUGUGCAUCCCCAGUUUUCCAAGCUUUCACCACUCACCACCAACCCUUCAGCUCCACGCUCAGACUUGGACUGCGCUUCCAACUUCUUUUUUCAGUACGCUCUUUCCAAGUGACGGCAGCAGCUGUCCAUCAUGGCAGCACACACACAAAAUGCUGCAGAUGUCAGCAGACCAUGCAGCAUCUGUGUAAAACAGUAAACAGUCGACGUUUCGGGCCGUGAUUCUUCAUCAAUCCUGAAACGUCAGCUGUCUAUUCGUUUCCAUGCCUCGCCCUGCUGAGUUCCUUCAGCAUUUUGAGUGCGUUGCGUGGAUUUCCAGCAUCUGCAGAUUUUCUCGUGUUUGUUGGACUCCAUCAUGUUUCACACUUUGCUACUCACUCGUGCAUUAGAUGGGUUACUCAGUCACCGCACUUUCGAGGAAAUGAUCUCACGGUUUUGAAUGCCGCAAGGAUCAGGCAGCAAUCUGGGUACUGAAAAAUGAUCCACUGUCGUAUUUCUAACCUUUUCACUCCUAUGGGCUCUUGUAAACAACCAUUUCAUCGACAAGAAAUGUUUUCACUUGCGCAGUGACCCUGUGAGAAAUUUUUCAUGUUUCUGGGAAUCACGUUCCUUCCUUCUCCGAGGGAGACACGCAGCUGGAUAUGUUCAGCGGCCAGAACUGUCUCGGGGGUGAGGGUGGGGAAGGAGCAAAUCUAUCCCCAACUCCUGAAACUACUCGCGUCAGUAUGUUCGCCUAUCAUGGCAGCUCAGUGCAGAUAUGAGGACAUGCUAGUAUCAGAAUGUGAGUGGGAAUUACCGCUUGUCUACUCAGUACAUUGUUUGCAUUAAUGCAUGAAUACCCUGCUCGUGUGGUUAUUUAACAUCAGCUGGAGGCAGAGCUGGAGUUAUCACCGGAAGAGAAGGAAAGUUACCCACUCGCGGAUGUCUCUGGUAGUCACUAUAUUCUCUUUCUGUAUUAUCUAUCUGAUGGUCGAUUCAGAAAAGACUCUCGCCCCUGUACGAAGUUCCUGCUAGGACUUCAACAUUGCGUGUGCAAAUAGUCGUAUGAAGACCAUCCUCUCUUCAGGAUACCAUUCCCAUAAAAUUUCGAUUUUUGGUCCACUUCAUGGAAUUCUUAUUUCUAGGGACCACUGCAGGGCAAGUUCAACUGAACCUAGUUACCAGAUUCUUAUCAGGAGGAAAUGGCAGGUUUCCGGCAUACCUUACAGAUGUCCGUGUUCGAUUGGACGAACAUAGAAGGUACUUGCUCUCCUUUGAAGCAAAAAGCAGAGGAGUUUUUAGCAGCUAUCACGUGGUGUAUCACUUCAAAGGCCGUUGCUAAGCAAAAUGGCGCGACAAACUGAAAGGGUUCCACCAGGAACAAGGCAAAUUCCGCUUUAUUUCAUGCUUUUUCGUCCAAGAUUCGGACCAAUUUUCAUUCUUUUCUGGGGGCACCCGAUGUGGCUUUGUCCAAACGCAUUGAUUUGUUGAUGAAGCAAAAAUAGGUAUAAAUCCUACUGCUGACAAUCCCAUUGCCUCCUACCACACCUUUUCUGUCCUUUAAAUAACUUGUUUUUUUUUCUUUCUCGGUUCUGAUCAAGGGUCUUGUUUGGCAGUUGAAUUCUUCCAUCAUUUGUUUUCAAUCUAAACAAAGAUGCAGUCAGAUUUUCAGGCAUAUGAUGUAGUUCCCAGACGAAAUUUAUAAUUUAAAAAAUACUUUAAAUAUUCAACAGGUUAUUCAGGAGAGAAGGGAAACAAGAAUUAGCCCAUUCUCCAGCGGGACUGUUAAAGAUGCAGCCUUACCUGAUUAAUAUUGGAUACUGUAUCUGUUUCGUAUUGUUAGUUUCUCCUACACACAUGUUGUGGUUAUAAUGUUGCAAAAUAUGUCGUUGUAUGCCGUGGUAAGUGUAAAAUAGGUUAUAAAACACUACUUGAGUCGUUGUGAUAACCGAUUCCAAUUUUGAAUACUAUAUGUAGAUUUUUUUCGAAAAACGAUGUUAGUGUAAUUUACGAAAUUGAGACUAAUAUUAUUUUAAAUAUACUUGAACAGUAUUGUGUGAAUUUUCGAGGAGAACAUUAA